GUUUUGUUAACAGCUGAGGCGGGUGUUUAAACUGUCAGUAUGUGACGCUUUACUAGUCUAACUUCAAAACUAAAGACGAUUUAUUAGUUUCUCUAGUACUCUGCCCGGGGUCCGAGGGCUGAGGUGAAGGCCCCCGCGUUCUGAGAAGAAGAUAAUUAUUUCCUAAUAAGUUGUAUCGUCACGACAUUGGCAUUAUGUUAUAUUUGUGUGUGUUUGUGUUAUAACCCUGUAUCUGUUUAAUACGCUGCGUCCGUCUUAUGCGAUCAAUGAAUCAGGCACCCUUCGUGGAAAGUGUUUUAAAAGUAGGUUACCUGAAAUGUAAAAUUUGAAUAAACACAUUCUCGUUUAAAUAAACAGGUUCUCGCAUAUGAUGCUUUACAUUUUAAUAUCGAAGCGAUUAUUAAAAGCAAAUGCGGCGGUAGAACAUCAAUAAAGAACAAUCUACGCCUGAUGUAAACCUUUGUAAACUGAUUUAGUUUGUCGGAUGCAUUGAAGUACAUGUUGCCUUUUAUUUAAAUGUGAUGCCUGAGCACCUCGGACAGUCCAGAAACCGGUUUAGUAAACGUUUUUAGUAAAAUAGCACUACUGGGUUGAUCUCUAUCGCAAAUAAAUAUUAAAGUCAGCUUGGAAACACAAAAACCUCUGAAGGACAGACUUAUACAGAAGCCAGAGCAACAUGUCAGAGCAGCAUAUGGACGACGCAGCAGCUCAUGCACUGAAAAACCCCAGAACUUUAAACACGCAGCGUACGGCGGGAUGCAGUCGAGGUGUUACCAUCAACCCACCGGCCUGGGCCAAGACGGACCCGACCUCCGUGACCUGCAGAUGAAGGUGGACUUCUUUCGUAAGCUGGGAUACUCUCCGCAGGAGGUAAAGGCGGCCCUGAGGAAGCUCGGCCUGGGGACGGACACAAACGCGGUGCUGGGGGAGCUGGUGCGCUCAGGGGCCAAGGCCGUGCCCUCCUCCAGCUCUGACAGUGAUGAUGGUGUGUUCAGUUUGCCCCAUCGGGGUGGAAGUUCAUCUAGGACGCAGGCUUCAGCGCUGGAGGACGCCACUGAACCAGAAAGUGACCUGAAGCCUAUUGUUAUUGAUGGAAGCAACGUGGCCAUGAGUCAUGGGAACAAGGAAGUGUUUUCCUGCCGUGGGAUUGAGCUGGCAGUUAAUUACUUCCUUGACCGGGGACACAGAAAUAUCACUGUGUUUGUGCCUUCCUGGAGAAAAGAGCAGCCCAGGCCUGAUGUACCUAUUUCAGAUCAGCGUAUUUUGGAAGAGCUGGAAAGGAAGAAGAUUCUUGUGUUUACACCUUCACGAAGGGUUGGAGGAAAGCGUGUGGUUUGCUAUGAUGAUCGCUUUAUUGUCAAAUUAGCUCAUGAUCUGGAUGGCAUUAUAGUGUCCAACGACACAUAUCGUGAUCUGCAAAGUGAACGUCCGGAGUGGAAGCGUUGCAUUGAGGAGAGAUUGCUUAUGUACUCCUUUGUCAACGACAAAUUCAUGCCACCUGAUGACCCUCUCGGCCGUCAUGGACCCAAUUUGGAUAAUUUUCUUCGUAAAAAAGCCUUGUUACUUGAUCACAAGAGACAACUCUGUCCAUAUGGAAAAAAGUGCACAUAUGGGAUUAAGUGUAAGUUCUACCACCCUGAGCGCACAAACCAGUCACAGCGUUCUCUAGCCGAUGAGCUCAGAGAGAAUGCCAGACUGUCUGGCUCAAAAGAGGAAAGCAGAGUAAAUGGGCCAAUAAGAGGCAUGUACCCAAGGAAUGACCCUUGCUUUGGGUCCAGCUCAACCUCCUUGGAGCAAGAACUGGAACAAAAGCUCAGCUUGGAUCUCGAGAGCUCUGACGGCAGAGAGGUUAUGCUCCAGUACUGGGAUGACAUUUUGUCCACCAAAAAGCUUUUAAAUACAACCACAGUGGGACAACGCAGUGUUUCGGUAGACAGAACCAGCCUGCAAACAACUUAUCCAAAAAACCCUUCAUCCAUUUUCAGUUCUGACUCAGGGCUUGGAUCCUACGAAAGCCAGUUUUCAGAUCCGUCCCAGAGCAUUGAUGAGUUGCAUAGGAUGAGAUCCAGUCAUCCACCGAUGUCUGGUAACCUUGGUGUACCUGCAGGUGGCCAGCACUACUAUGAAAACAUGAAUCCUUUCUCCAACUAUCAGCCCAACUUUGGUGCCUACAGCUCCCUACCUCUGCACAACCCUGUCCAGCGUUACAGUCUUCCUGCUUACGGUGCCUGGUCUUACCCUUACUUCUUACCACAGGCAACCAGUUUACCUGAACCUUUAACCUGUCCUAGCUCGCACAGGUCUCCUGAUGUCUAUGGAAGCCAGCAGCACUCAGCCAUGCCACAGUCCAACGCUUUCCAGGAAGAAAGAGAGGAGGUCAGGAAGAAGCUUCAUGCGAUUUUUAACCCGCGUCACGUAAACAAAGUUAUGGAAAUGUUCCCGCAGCUGAAAGAUGCACAGCAGCUGGCAGCACAGAUUCUCAAACUCAAGUCCAGCGGAGAGUUUUUCUAACCAGCUUUGAAACUUUGGGUCCAUAAACAAGACUGCAUACCAAGUUUAUCAAAAGAAAGAGUAUCUACGCUCUCAAAAAAAUGUGCAAACAUUGUACGUUUAGGGGUACUUUUUUUAAACCCUUAAAUAUGUUUGUAGUAGUGCUUUAAAGGUACAUAUUACAACUCUUAGAUAAACACCUUUUAGGGGGAGAUAAGGUACAAACUUGUCGAUUUAGGGGUAUGACAACGUUUGUCUUUAACUUUGUACCUUUUUUUUUUUUAACCCUUAAAAUUUAAAAGUAGUACUUUCAAAGUACUUUAUUAUAAUUAUUAUUAUUACUACUACUACUACUACACUACUUUAAAAGCACCUAUUACUAGUAUGCACCUUUGAGGGGUAGGUAAGGUACUGAUGUUAAUUUAAGGAUGUUGCCCAUGAUUGCAAUUCUUGUUUCGUUUUGUUUUUUCCCUGAAGCUUUGGUAGCUCUUUUCUGUUGAGGGUGUGUGUGUGUGUGAGAGAUAUCUUUAAAGCUUCAGAAACCCGAAUGACUUAUCACAUAGUACAUGUGGUAACUAUGUAUGACUAAAAAAGUCAAAUGUCUGGCUAGAUUUUUUAGGGUUACUUUAAGAGGUUGAUGCACAUUGCAUCAAUUGUUGCUCCUAACGUGUAGCAAACUGUACAGUACCUUGGCUCAAAGGCUACAGAUUUGGUUUUGGGCAGAAGCUGAAAUAUCAUUUGAGAAUUCUAAAUAUAGUCGUUUAUAAUUGCAGUCAUUAAGGAACCUCCCUGUUUUCAAUGCUCAUAGUAAUUUUCUAGUUAGUUUGUCUGCUGCUAAUUCAUUUAAAUCGGUUCCUCAACAGAAUUGCUUUAAAUAGCUGGAGGUGUGAUUCCUUGUUUCCUGGAAUCUUUUGUUGUGUUUCUUUGUUUUAAUUAUUGUGGGUGGGAAUCCCGUGAUAUGUUUUUAUUAUGAAGCUUACGCCAAGCGCUGUGAUUCGACUCUGCGACGCUUUACGGCUUUUGAAACAAUUACCACAGUACUGGACGUCAUCUUUAUUCGUUCUUCAAUGUUACAUGUUUCACAUCAGGUCGGUUCUGCUGUGUAACUCUGAGCUUCUUGAUUUUGUUUUCAACUGAAUGUUCAAAGAACAUCUCCCAGCUUUCCUUCUAUGCAAAAUUGACUUACCACAUUGUUCAAAACAUCUGCUCUCAAACGAGAAGAGUGAACUCUUUGCACUAAUUGUCGCGAUUUGACAUAAUUGUGUAAAUUAUACAAUGAAUGCCAUAAAAAAAUAAGGCUUUAAAUGUCAAUUCAACAUAAUUAUGAACGUUAUUAUUAUAUUUUACUGUUUUAUCCACUGUUUUCAAAUGAGCAUAUAGGUAUGUGUGAUCGCAACCCACUUGUGUUUUAAUAUCUAUAUUAAUGUGAACAAAUUCAAAGACGCUGUCAGCGAGUAUGAGUUUGUACAGUUUCAUGUACAGCAGAUUUUUAAUUAUAGCAUCUGUUUGCAAAGAUGUUCCAUAGACAUUAUAUUUCAUGCUUUUGCUGUUCUUAUUUUUCAGUUCUAAAAAUUUCAUGAAAUCAGCAAUAACACUUAAAGCCUUUAUGUAUAGCGCAUUAAAGGUAUUCAUAUAAUUCAUGUAAUUUGUAAUGCAUUGUUUUUCAGAAAAAUAAUUGCAACCAAAUUUAAAAUGCAUUACAAGAUUUGUUUGUUUGUCGUUUUGAAUGCAUUAUACUUUCUAAAGAUGUAACGGUGAGUUUUUUUUUUUAAAAUAUUGUACUGUAUUAUACAUGUGGAAACAAUUCAUUUGUUCAAACAACAUGCUCGAACCAUGUUUAUAUCCUGCCAGUGCAUUAUAAUAAUUAAUGUGAACUGGAAAUAAGUUCUCAAUGUUGGGAUGAUAAAUGCAAUGGGAAAAUAUUGCUCCUUGUCUCUUAAACGGUAAUAAAGCAGUAGUAAUAAAAUUGCAUGAAUGAAUAAAUAAAAAGCUAAAAGUG